GAGAGAGCUACAGCACCGCCCGCCAGCCCGCAGAGCAGAGCCCGGCGCCGCCGCCCGUCCAAGCCGAGCAGCGCCGCAGCCAUGCCGGCCUGCCCGUGGCCGGAGCCCCUCUCGGCGCCGCAGCUGAAGCGCCUGGAGGAGCACAAGUACAGCGCGGCGGGGCGCUCGCUGUUCGAGCCGCCCUUCCAGGUCUACUGGAGCUGGCUGGUGCAGCAGGUCUCCCCGCGGGUGGCCCCCAACACCCUCACCAUCGCCGGGCUGCUGGUGAACGUCGCCACCACCGUGAUCCUCGUCUACUACUGCCCCACGGCCACGGAGGAGGCCCCGGGAUGGAUAUUCCUGCUCAGCGCCUUAGGCCUUUUCGUCUACCAGUCGCUAGAUGCCAUCGACGGGAAACAGGCGCGGCGGACGAACAGCAGCUCGGCGCUGGGAGAGCUCUUCGACCAUGGCUGUGACGCUGUCUCCACAGUUUUUGUGGCGGUGGGAACAUGCGUCGCAGUGGGCAUCGGUGGUUACCCCAACUGGAUGUUCUUCUGCGGGUUCAUCGGCAUGUUCAUGUUCUACUGUGCCCACUGGCAGACCUACGUUUCGGGAACAUUGCAGUUCGGAUUAGUUGAUGUGACGGAAUGCCAGACUGCUAUAAUCAUUAUGUAUCUGAUGUCAGCCUUUGGCGGAGUCAGUCUGUGGGAGACCCAGCUUCCUGUGAUAGGACUGAAACUCCAAAGCUUGCCCAUACUUGGGAUUGUGGGCGGGGCUCUCUAUUCAUGCACCAAUUACUUCCGGGUCAUCCUGAGUGGCGGCGUGGGCAAGAAUGGCUCUACAGUUGCAGACACUAGUGUUCUUUCUCCCGGGCUUCCCAUAGGAUUAAUCCUAACACUGGCAUUCAUGAUCUUCAAGAAAUCUUCCAGCCAGGUCUUCGAACGUCAUCCUUGCCUGUACAUAUUAACAUUUGGAUUGGUGAUUGCGAAGAUUUCCAAUAAGCUCGUUGUUGCUCAUAUGACGAAAAGUGAGCUACAUCUCCAGGAUACAGCCUUUAUUGGGCCAGGCCUGCUGUUCCUGAACCAGUACUUCAACAGCUUCAUCGACGAGUACAUUGUUCUUUGGAUAGCACUGGUCAUCUCGGUGGCAGAGCUGACGAGGUACUGCACAGGGGUGUGCCUGCAGAUAGCAGCCCACCUGCGGAUACACGUCUUCAGCAUCGUGCCCCAGGAUGAAGGUAUUUCCAUUGCUGUGGCUCCUCAGAAUAUCACGGACUGAAGAGGUUUGUGAGCACUGUGGUGGCGGAACAGGGAAAGCCCACCUCACAAUACUGAGCGCAGUGUGUGCACAGUGGCAGUUCACAGCCUUCAGCAGAGAAACCCUCCUUUGGUAAAGAGCUGAGCUGGGUGUGAAGUGGAGCAUUGGUUACACUGAAUUUUCUUACCUACAAAAUGUUAUAUAUUCUUCGUUUACACAUUUUAUUUUUGUUAUAAAUAUAUAUACAUGCAAUGAAGCCUUUUA